AUGUCCGAUUUGUCAGCACAGCUUUCGGCGUUCAAGAGUAAAAUCAGAAGCGGGCCUUCUGUAAGUGUUGCCAGACGAGCGGUUCAACCCAAGAGAGAUUCUUCUACUGUUUCAUCUCCUGAAAAUGGUGUAUCUUCACCUUCAAAACGGAAGACGGGACUGUCCUCUUUGAAAAGCGAAAAUAGCCUGACAGAAUCCAUUGUGAAGCUGAUGAAAAGACAAAAGUUGGCUCUGAAUAGUGAUGGUUCUGAUAUGACAUCUUCACAUUUAUCUACUUUGUUGCACUUGGCUGUGGAAUAUAUUAAGGAGCAUGAUACCCCCAUUAGUGUUGGCAUGUUACAGAAUUACUUGCUGUUUGAUGGUUCAGGAAAGUUUUUGGAAUUGCUUUCAAACGUUAAUAGAGUCAAGUAUGAUGAGGUCAACAAAACUUUAGAGUACGUUUCGUUGCAUAACAUACGCUCUGCAGAUGAUUUGCUUAACUUCUUACGCAGCCAGCAAACUUUCAAGGGAACUUCGGUCAAGGAGUUGAAGGACGGUUGGGCAGGUUGUUUAAAUGCCAUAAAUCAAUUGGAAAGUGAUGGAAAAAUCUUAGUAUUGAGAAAUAAAAAGGAGAAUGCUCCUCGUUUGGUAUGGGCCAAUCAAGGUGGACCCUUGGGAGGCAUUGAUGACGAAUUCAAAGAGAUGUGGAUUGGUGUCAAGUUACCAGAACCAGAUGAUUUGUACCAAGCUUUGAUAGACCACAGUCUUAAACCUACUGGUGCUGAUCCCGCACUUAUAAAGAAGAAGCCUCAACAGCAAGAAAAGAAGCAAAAGAAGGCCAGACGAGGAAAGAUUACUAACACACACAUGAAGGGAAUUUUGAAGGACUACUCACAACUUGUAUAA